AUGACUACAAAAUUAUUUGAUGUAUGCUGGGUGGAAACCGUCUUUUCGACAAGUCGUCUUGGCUGCAGAAGAUAUGGCUGUUUCUCAGACAACUGCGAGCUCGAGGCCUUGUUCCACUCCGGCCGAGCAACGGUGUUGCCUCGCGAUGGAUACCGGCCUGUUAGGUCACAUCUGCACGUUGUAGUGCAGCGAUCCAGCCGGCCGACACGUCUGCCCGACUCACUCGGCUCUACUUCACUCCGGCCUCCUGUCUCCGGACUCCGGUCUCUGGUUGAGCAGCCACCAGAGCUGCAGCAAGUAGAGGUCUUUACUUCGCUCUGUCUGUCUCUUGACUGGCCCAAACCUGUACCGAUUGUCCUUCAUUAUCUCCUCUCCUGUCCACAACACCUACGCCCCCGCAUUGGCCUUCACUUCUCUCUCUCUCUCUCUCUCUCUCUCUACUUUUACUUCUAUUUCUUUUUCUCUCUUUACCUCUACUUAUACCUUUACCUCUCUCUCUCUCUCUCUUUCUCUACCUCUACUUCUACCUCUCUCUUUCUCACACACUCCAUCGCCUUUAGCAUUUAUCUUUUCAAUCAUAGUCAGUACAGCCAACGCCAUAUGUCAAAUGAAACACCCGCAGCGUUUGUGUGUGUACACGCAUAG